AUGGUGGUCUACAGCACGGCUUUUCUUCUGUUUCCGGAGGACUUUCUGGGUAGAGGCUACGACAUUCUCAAGCUGGUGGGUGGAGACGAGGUUGAGCUGAAUUUCAUGCUGGACACGGGCCUCACGACGUCCAUCCUUUACCCGGGCAGAGCUGACGAAUUGGGUGUCGAAAGGCCGUCGCGGCAAGCACGCGGAGAAGUUCCCACAGUGAUCUUGGAGGACUUGCGCUUCCGCGAAGGCCUUCCAAUUGGCUCUUUGAGGCCUUUCAUCAUGGACUUCCCGCAGCGGAGGAUGGGAGCGUCGAUGGGCAUCCAAAUAGAUGGCAUGCUCGGUAUGGAGUUCUUCGAGCGAUUUACGAUGGAAGUUGAUGCAUCGGCCCUCCGACUGUACGAGGCAGACUGUGGAGAGAAGAUAGCGGUCGCAAACGACAUGGUCACUCUGACGACAGCUCCUUUGCCUGCCCGCCUUCUUGGAGUUCAUCUUGGGCUGCCUGGAACAGACCAGUGUGUCUGUGGAGUCAUCGACACGGGAGCAUCCUUCACGGUUUUCAACUGGGCUGCUGCCAAGAUGCUGCUCAAUCUCGCGGAGGAAGAUGCUCAGCAGAUGCUAAGCUCAAGCGGAGGUGUCAGCUCCGUGGAUGCCAAGGGCCAGGAGCUUCUGAUGCCCACCGUCGCGGAUCUGAGCCUGCAGCUGCGCGGUGCGGGACGGGCACCACGUCAUACUUGGGAUGCAGCCCCAGUGGAGGUCGCCAUUGGGGACGUGGCAAGCUUUGCACAGCCCCUGCCUUGGGACUCUAGAGCCAAGCGGAAUCCCGAAGCUUGGAGCGAGCUUUUGCCUUGGAAGGACCUUCUGACGCAAGCGCCGAUGCUUCUGGCUGCAUCCUCCCUGGGAGAUUUGCUCGAAGAUAGCAGCACAGGGGGCAUUUGCUGCACAUGCAUGCAGAACCAUCUAGCUAGCCAUGCAGUAGUUCUCAGCCAUUUUUCCGGAAGUCGUGAUGGCACCAGCUAUUCCGCGCCGCCGUGUUGCGAUGGCAUCGAUCAUCUAGCACUUGGGCUUCACGGCAGCUGUGCGUUCUAUGGCAAGCCAGGAGGCAAAGGCCCGGUUGCACUGCUCGGCACUUUGAAUCUUGGGGCGCUUGAGACUGCAGCCUCCCAGCACAACCUGCAGGUGCUCGAUCUCAAGGACCACAAGAUUUCGGCGAUUCCGGCACAGGUCCUGAGCGCUUUCACGCACGUCAAGGUUUUAGAUCUUCGCAAGAAUGCGCUGGAGGAGCUGUUGCCAGACAUUCGGGUGAUGAGUCAAUUGGAGGACCUGCUCUUGGAUCAGAAUCGCUUGCGGGAGAUCCCGGACGAGGUCUGCCUUUUGCCGCAUCUGAGAGGGCUAUCCCUCAGCCAGAACCUCUUGAAGAUGCUGCCGAAGGCUGUGGGAUCCAUGAAGUCACUGAAGAGUCUCAGCCUAGGUGACAACUUCCUGGAAGAGAUUCCGGUAGAGCUUGGACAGUGCAAGGAGUUGCAGACCCUCUACUUGCACCACAACAGCUUCACAAGCUUACCCUCCAGCCUGUCGGCGCUGGAAAACUUGCAAGAGCUUGCAUUGGAAUGGUUCAGGUAUACCACCCCGCCACUGCCACGAGUGAUAAAAGGAGCCGAGUGGCAGCGCAUCAUCGUGAAGCUCAGAGACCUUUGUCGCGAGAAGAAAGACAAGGAUGCUCGUGUGAGCUGCAUAGAGGUCCUUUCGGAGUUCUCGCAGAAGGCCUUCGAUCCGAACGCAAUCGACUCCAAAAGGAGAACUCGGUUACACGUGGCCUGUCUCGAGGGACAUGUUGGUGUAGCCCUGGCUCUGGCCGAGAACGGGUCGAAGUGCGAUUCCUUGGACUGUGAGGGCUACUCGCCGCUGCUUGUAGCGGUGCGCGAGGAGCAUCCUGACAUCGCCAACGCCCUUGUGAGGGUGGGGGUUGACGUGAAUCGUGGCGGGGGCCUGUUUGGCUCGCCGCUUCACGUGGCCACAGUCAACUUUGACCCGCAGAUGGUGAUGUUGCUUAUUCGAGGAAAAGCUGACGUCAAUCAGACGGAUGCUGAUGGAAAUGCCCCUCUGCAUGUGUUGAUGUCCGUUUUCGACAAGGGUGGUAAGAGAGCCGCGGCCAUUGGCAAAAUCUUGUUGCAGCACAAUGCUGAUUGCAACAUGAUGAACAGCGACAAGUGGGCGCCGCUUCACCUCGCUGCUCGACGAGGCCAAUUGCGUGGGAUUGCGUUCGUGCUAAGUAACUUGGACUCCUUCGACGCUGCCUGCCAGAAGGGCACCUGUUCACACCAGUCCAAGAAGCCAAAGGGCAGCAGAGUGCGGACCUGCCCGCAAGUCUUCGAUUUGAAUCUGAGGGGUGGCUCGCACCUCUGGACACCUCUUCACUUGGCUGGGCAUGCAUGUCAUGUCAAUGUCGUCCAGGUGCUCAUCGAGGCUGGAUCUGACGUUUUUCUACGGAAUGUGGACGGCCGAACUGCGAGGCAUGUCUCCCGUGGUAAUUUGGCCAUCUCCAAACUCUUGCGGAAGGCGGAGGACGAGUGGCUAUGGUACCGCAUACAUCAAGGCUUUGCCGACAUGAAGGAGACAGUGAAACCUCUGGGAGAUGUCAGUGCAGCGACCGAGCCAUCGCCGGACAUCGUGGUGUCUUCACCUCGGAAUACCUCGGCGGCUGCACGGGACUCGGACGAGCUGCUGGAGACUUUCAGGGUAGAGGAUGAGGAAGACGAUCCUAUCGAGGAAAUCGCCAAAACUAUCGAAGGUCCCGCAAAGAAAGGCUCCGGGCCAUCUGCCCCACAAGGACCUCCCGACCCGGGAAGAGCUCCCAUACCGCAGCUGAGAACAGCUUCGAGGCCAAAGAUGCAGCGAAUCACGGAGAAGUGCCAAGACUCCUACUUUUCGAGGGAAGAGCUCCAUGCGCUCCAAACCCUGAACUUCGCAAAGCCUGUUGGUGAAGGACCACAAGCGUUCAUCGACAUCCUCCACAAGCUCUUGCAAAAGGGGCCAAAGGAGCGCCUCCCCUACCUUCUGUCGAAAGCAUGGGUCAAGGAGCUUAUCCCCGAAGUCCUGGAGAACGAAAAAUAUCACCACGUCCUCCUGAGCCCUGACCUCGUGUGCAACGAGGACUUCCUGAGGAUGAUCGUGAGCAACCUGCCGCAAGACAGGCUGACCAUCCUCGGGAAGAUGCGCAACAACGACCAGGACACGCUGCUGCACGUCGUAUGCAAAGGCAUGCAUGCAGCCAGCCCUGGUGCCGACAUCCUCUCCUUCCUCCUUUCCGCCUGCCCCAAGGGAACGUUUGAUCUCGAGGCUCGAGACAUGCGAGGGCAGACCUCACUUCACCUCGCUGCGCAGAACGGAGACCUGGGAUUGGUCCAGGUCUUGCUUGACAACAACUGCCAUCCAAAUUCCCAGGAGGAGACGACCGGCUGGACGCCGCUGCACUUUGCUGUGUCAAAGGCUCACUACAGCGUCAUUCUGCAGCUGCUUCAGCAUGCUGAGACAGACGUCAACCAGGUUGACAAGUUCGAGUGGCCUCCCAUCCUUGAAGCCUGCUCCAGGUUGGAUGCCAGAGCGACGUCCCUCUUGGUGAACGGCCGGGCCAAUCUGGCGUUUCGGAGCCAGCACCAGUUCGAUGUGCUGAAGGCUGUGGAUACAUCCAAGAAGGACUUGGCAGCCAAGCGCUGGAUGUCAUGCCUUGUGGUCUCAAACGGCUUUCGGUUUCAGGAGUCGUCCGUCCAGCUCACGGCCGAGGACCGGGAGACCUUGCACCGAGAGCAGGCCUACUUCAAUACCCGUUCCAUCCCAGCAACGCAUCCUCCAUUCUUCGUGCCGGAUCAUCUGGCCCCGCGAUGCCACAGCUGCAAGGUUCUCUUCUCUGUCACCGUUCGCAGAUAUCAUUGCAGAAGUUGCGGACUCGUGCUUUGUGGCAACUGCUUCAAGUGGAGGGGCAUCAUCAUUGUUCCGCUGGACGAGAGGCAGAACACAAAGGUCAACAUGCCUCUCAACGAAUCGCGCCUCACUGCAGCAGUGGAGCUUUCGCUCGACCAAGAGAGAGGAGCCAGCCCUGGCUUUGUGCCGGACAUGCGGCUGAGCGACGAGCCCGAUGCUGCAGCAAAGUCUGCAGGCAGCGAUUCCAGUGAGAGCAAGGCGGAUGCCACAGAAGGUGGCCUGAAUCGUGAAAGGGGAGGUGGAGUUGCGCCUAUCAUGCCAACUAGUGGUCAUGCCCAGAUGGUGCGGCUCUGCGGACCUUGCUGCACUUUCUUCGAGGCUGGCGUUGGAGAGACCUAUUCCAUGCAGAGGAAGACCUCUGUCGGUGCCACCAUGCUGUGA